AUGGCCGACGGGGCAGAGGUCAAACCUUACAAAGUCUGGCACUAUGGGUAUCAUCCGCGUACGCUACCUUGUACUGCUGACCAGGCCAACUGCGAUUAUCUCGACGCCCUCUGGGAGGCCAACGACCUAGGCAUGGUCUAUUCCGGCAUUCUCUGGCUCAUUGCUGGCGCAGUCCUUCUGAUCAUUACUGUGGGAAGACGCUCGCUUGUCUCACGUCGCACGAGACCCUUCGUUUUCUCGUCUACAUCCAACAAAGCUGAAAGCGAGUCUGCACCUCUCACAGGGACGCAGCUUCCGAGCUCAACGUCGCCGGCAAUUGUCUCUCGUCCUCUUCGUGCCGCAGCUGCCACGGCUCGUUCUUACCUCCUCCCUGAUUCAAUCCGCUUCGUUUUUGGACGCACCACGAGACUACAAGUCCUUAUCCUCACCAUAUUGGUCAUUUACUUGACCAUUUUCUCAUUUGUGGGGAUGACAUACGCUCUUUGGAUUUCCCCCGUCAAGGACCAUCCUGGUGUCUACAAGGAACAGAACACUGCUGGAAUCUGGUCCAAUCGCAUUGGUAUUCUUGCGUACGCUAUCACUCCCUUUUCCGUACUUCUCGCCAGUAGGGAAUCCAUCCUGUCGAUUCUUACAGGCGUCCCAUAUCAGGCUUUCAACUUCCUGCACCGCUGGGUUGGCUACAUCAUCCUGCUUCAGAGCGUGCUCCACGCCAUCGUGUGGUGCGUCAUCUGCAUCGGGCUCUAUGGCCCACAGCCAGAGUAUGCAGUCAACUGGGUAACGAAGGAGUACAUGGUGUAUGGUCUUUGCGCCAUGUUCCUGCUUCUCCUCAUGUGGUUUCUCAGCCUUGGUUUCAUGAUCCGCCUCACUGGGUUUGAGUUCUUCCGCAAGACGCACUAUGUCCUGGCCAUGGUAUACAUCGGCACUUGCUGGGGUCACUGGGAGUUUCUUGGCGACUGGAUGUUGUGCGGGCUAUUGCUGUGGUUCUUCGACCGGCUGGCCAGACUCGUGCGCAUGACCCUUCUUCAUCACCAAUAUGUCGGCGGCGAUUGGGGCUUCCACCCGGCUCAGGCUCGGUUGACGCUGUUUCCAGACGCAGACCACGGCGAUGUCGCGCGCCUAGACUUCACCUUCAAUCAGUCGCCUUGGCAUGUCGGGCAGCACUUUUAUUUGUGCUUUCCCGACAGCAGCGUAUGGCAGUCGCACCCUUUCACGCCGCUUUCUCUGCCUGUUCUGGGAAAGGAAGGCCUCGUCAAGCACUCCUACGUUUUCCGCGCGAAAGGCGGCGAGACGAAAAAGAUUGCCGAGCUUGCGGCUCGUAGGCUUGCCGAGAUGCGAAACGCAGGAUCUUCUCCGUUGCCUACGACGCCAGUAAUCCUACAAGGGCCCUAUGGCGAACAUUCCACUCGCGGAAUAGAUGGAGGUGUCAAUGUUCUGGCUAUCGCAGGUGGUACAGGUAUCACGUAUGUGCUGCCAGUCAUUCUUGAAACGCUCCAGUCCCAAGUCGAUUCAGCGUCGGCAAGCGACCGCACUGAUCGCGCAAUUCAACUCGUCUGGAUGGUCCGCCACCGCGACGACGCUCGCUGGAUAGAGGCUGAGCUUGAAUUGAUCAAAGCUUCGGCCGGAAAACACAACAUCCAGGUGACGAUCUUCGUCACCCGCGAGCAGGAGGAAUCUGGCAAGGACAACAACACUAGUGCCAAUGAGAAGCUUUCCAGCGAUCAAAAAGCCCGCCAAGUAACGGAUUCAAGCUCAUCUUCAUCCUUGCCUGAUACAAACGGCAUAGCUCUCAAGGAUAUUGUCACUUAUAGGAAUACGGCGGACUCAAAUGACAGUGUUCGCCGGCAUCCCGACGUCGGCACCGUCGUCCAAGACUUUGUAGGAGAGACAGUGCAGGGUCCUACGGUGGUCUUCGCGAGUGGACCAGGUGCUAUGAUUAGUGAACUUCGCAAAUCUGUAGCCUCUUUAAACUCUGGGAAGCAGGUGUGGCAUGGAAAUGAGCGUUGGGACGUCGAGCUGAGAGAAGACAAUAGGUUGGAUUGGUGA